UUCUCACAGUUGGACCUCAGAGCAUCAGACCAGAGCAAACACUUCCUCAACCAGGGUGAGAGUGAAGCUUAAGAGUGCAAAUACAACCUCUGUUGAGUUUCAAUACAACCUCCGACACAUUUCUGUAAGAGGCGUAGAAAGGUGAUUCCUGGCUACAGUGGCGUUAUCAUGGCUUCUCAGGGUCUUCAGAUCAUGGGUGUGCUGCUGGCUUUCAUCGGCUGGCUGGGCACCAUCAUCACCUGCGCUAUGCCCAUGUGGAGAGUCACCGCUUUCGUUGGGGCAAACAUUGUCACGGCCCAGGUGAUCUGGGAGGGCCUGUGGAUGAACUGCGUGGUCCAGAGCACGGGCCAGAUGCAGUGCAAGGUGUACGACUCCAUGCUGGCUCUACCUCAGGACCUGCAGGCCGCCAGGGCCAUGGUGGUCAUCGCUGUGAUUGUUGGAGUUUUUGGCGUCCUCAUGGCCGUUGCUGGAGGGAAGUGCACCAACUGCAUGGAGGACGAGGUGGCAAAAGCCAAAGCCUGCAUUGUGUCCGGAGUGAUCUUCAUAAUAGCUGCAUUCCUGAUCAUGAUCCCGGUGUCGUGGUCAGCUCACGCGGUGAUCAGGGACUUUUAUAACCCCAUGGUGAUCGCUGCUCAGAGGAGGGAGCUCGGGGCGGCUCUUUAUAUUGGCUGGGGCUCCGCUGGGCUGCUGCUGCUGGGAGGAGGUCUGCUCUGCAAUAACUGCCCCCCAAGAGAAGGCACAAGACCCUACAUACCUGCCAAGUUCGCCCCUGCCAGAACCGCAUCUUCAAACGUGGACUAUGUGUGAGUGUUUAGGUUGGAACUGCAGCAUGAAGCGGGUUGGGAGUUUUUUUUCUUUUUAUAUAUAUAUAAAAACUUGUUUUUAUACAAAAUAUUGCAAAGAAGGAUCGCUUUCUCAAAAACGUUGUUGCAAAAACUCAUUAAAAAAUGUGGAGCAUUUAUUUCACAGAAGACAGCACAGUAAAGUCCCGUAUAUUUUCUUGUCAUUUGUUUGUUUUUAUUUUCUGCUGAUUGACACAUUUUGUAAAAUAUACUUUUUUACAUGGCAAUGCUUUUACAAAUAAACAUUUCCCUCGUGAGGAUGUUAAAACUUAUCCGAAAUAAUGUUUUCUUUCUGAAUAUAAUACCUACUAUAAGGAGUUUUUAUACAUAAUGUCUGAGACUAAAUUGAUUAUUAUACAGACUGCUGAUCAGAGUAUAUGUGAGUGAAAAGCAAUUGACAACAUAAGCACAUUUUAAUAUUGAACAAUGUGCAGUUGAAGCAGAGCUCAUGUAGUUGAGUAACGACAUAAUGAUCACAGACUUUUAAAUUGCUU